CGAAUUGCUCAGCAUUCAGCAUCAUUUUUUGCGUCAGAACUCGCAACUACAUGUCAAAUCUGAAUAAUAUAAAAUAUAAAACAGUAUAUUUUAAUGUGCUUGUAUCCUGGUUACCAGGAUGGCGAUGGACAAGGAGGUGGAUGUAAAAUUAUUUAUUACAUGCCGUUUGUGCUUAGAUGAACCUGGAUCAUAUCAAAUUGUCCCUUGCAUUAAGGGGCAAAUAUACUACUGCUUUGGAAUAGAGGUUGAUCCAUUUGAUGGAUUACCUCAGUUAAUUUGCAAAAAAUGCAAGGGUAUGUUGACUGAUUACUAUGCUACAAAGAAUUUGUUUGUGGAGAAGCAAAAGCAGCUACACGACAAGUUGCCUCAAAAUCAGUCAUCAACACCUCCAAAAAGUGAAAUAGUUCCUAAAGAAUCGUCAGCUACAGCAGAAGUGGCCGCCACUGGCGCGCCGGAGAAACCAGCGGCUGCAGUUCCAGAAGUCGCCGCUAAAGUUGCCCGCAAUGACAGUCGGAAAAAAAAGAAACCUUCAUGGAAGAAAGCAUUUAACAAACAUUUUGUUUGUACAAUUUGCAGUAAAAGUUUUUUAAUGGAAAAGUCUAUUAAAAAACAUUCCCAGACGCACAAAAGAUUUAUUAAUAAACAUGAAAAAGUAUUUAAGAAGUAUUUGACUGUGCGUUUGAAUAAAAUAGAUAAAAAGAAAAAUAGCACUGGUGGUUUACAAAAUGUAGUUAUCAAUAAAAAUAAGAUAAUUGAAAGGGGCUAUAGUCAGUAUCACAACUCAUUUUAUUUGAAGAAGGACUUUGAGGAAGGAAAAACAGACACUGUUGACAGACUUAAGAAUGGAACUGAUGAAAAUGAGAAUGUGGCAGCUAAGAAGAUCCGGGUGUCUUCAGACUCUAGUGAUGACCAAAUUAUUAAAGGUAAGAAAAGAAAAACUGGUCGUCUUGAAUCCAUAAGUUCCACGCAGACCGUUAUACUGGAAGAAAACAAAGAUCCCACCAAUGCCGCGAACAUGGAUGACCAAAGCAACACUAACGAAAUGGAGAUCGUUAAUCCUGAUUAUAUUAACCUGGAUGACACGUCUUCAGACUGUCCGAAAAAUAAUACAGAAUUAGAAAAAAAGAGGAUAAUGCCAAAACGGCGGCAGGUUAAAGCGGAAGUUGCUGAUUACAAAGCAAUCCAAAAUAUUGUGACUAUGUGCCACAAAAAUUACAUUAAGAAAGUUCAGGAUGACAGUGAUGGUUUGACUAAAUCUACAUUUUCUGAAUCUUCACUCAAACACAAAGUUUUAAGCUUAGGUAGAAAAGUAUUAAAUAAACAGGGAUUUGUUUGUACCGGCCUAUUAAGAUAUAUGGAACAUAAAAAUUUAGGUAUUACAUGGACAUCUACUAGUAAUGAAAUACAAAAAAAAGGUUCAAGUGUGAGAAUCAUGACAAAAUCAAAAUCACGCGAAGAUUCAGAAAAUGAUGAUGCGUGCUGGAAAAAUUUGCACGACAAUUCAUUUUGUAGAGAUAGCGGUGUGGAGGCGGUGUUAGCUACUGUCCCCGAUGUCAGAAGUGACGAUCAAGCACCACUUCAAUCUGCCCAAACCGACGAAGACCCAUUUGCCGGCGCUCCCAGUGAGUCAAACGACUCAAACUAUAGAAGUAAAUUGUUAAAUAAAACUCCCGUUGCCAAUCCGCGUCAACUGCCUAAAAAAAACAAUAUGACCGAAACUAAACUCGUUGUUGCAACUGACGAUGCAGCCAUGAUUCCAUCAAAUUCAAUAAACAAUGGCUUAGAAGACGCGCAGGUUGAUGGCGACAAUAUGUGCUUGCCAAUUAUAACGUCAACUACAUCAUUGUCUGUAAAUGUUAGUGAAAAAGAAAAACAAGAGGUCCCCGUCUUGGAAAAACCAGCACCUCGUAUCAAAGUGAAGCCCGCGUCAGAGUUGAUGACGGCGAGAGCUUUAAACAAUCGGGAAACAACAAAGGACAUCUGGGCUUUUAAUACGAUCCAAAGUAGUUUACCUCAUCAUUUAACCAACACAGCCGUUACUGUUCACUCACCCAUGACCAACUCACAUAAUGCUCUUGUCUCAAAUAGUCACACGGGUGAUCAGAGACAACAAAAUGCAUACAUAUUAUUAGAUAGCCUUCAGUUCCCUAAUACCAAAACAUUGGCGCCAUUCCAGUAUUUUAGAAAAGUCCUGCUCGUCCACGGCUUACAGUUAUUGGAUUUGAAUGAAGAUUUACCUGAACACUUUAACUGUCUCAUCAAGUUUAGGCUAAAGCUUAAACAAGAUACUAAAAGGCCUAUCGAGGUCCUGUUGUCUUUGCAUUGCUCAAAAGAUUAUUUUUGUUUUUCUUUUAAAGACACUAAUUCUAAAAAGUUUGAUCCCAAUCAGUUAUCCGCAUUUUGGCAAUGGGAGUUGUUGAAAAUAUACAAAACCGAUGUCACCGACAAAAUAUUGGAGAAUGCUAUAAAAGUAGGUAAAGAAGUACAUGAACAUACGAAACUUUUCUUAAGUUUACUUAAAUCCAUAAAUUUAAUUAAGGAAGCGUAGCGCUACCAAUGAAUACUCAUUUGUGAAUUAUGAAUGACCUUGAUCUUCAAUUAGUCUCUGGUUGAUUUAGACUGAUAUGCAGUAAAGAUAGGUGUUUAAUAGAGUAUCUAUCAACAAUUAGUUAGUGCCGGGUCCGGCGACAAAGUGAUCUUACUGUUAUCAUUAUGUAUGUUAUGUUUCAAAUUAAAUGACCUAAGUCAUAACUAUAUGAUAUAUCAUAAAAGAAAACAUUUUUGUUACUAUAAUGUUCGGCAUUCGACUUUUUUUUUUAUUAGCCUGUAGGAGUGACUAAUAUGAAGAGAAAAUAUACUGCUGUUUAUGUUAUUGAGUUGGAAUUUGACAGACAGUUUUAGCCCAUUUGGAUUUAUAUACAUAUUAACGUGUUAAAUACCUAUAAGAUUUACAUUCCUUUGUUAACCCUUAAAUGCAAUUAGCAAUGCAAUGCACUUAGCGCAUCCAUCCAUCCAUCCCUAGCGGCAACCUUUUCAUUGCGUGUUUCAAUUACAACAAACAUAUAUUUGUGUUCAGGGCAUUACACUUAAUGCAUUGAUACCAUAUUCACCCAUAUCCGAGACGACAUUAACGAAAAUCGAUUUCUAAAAGACUUCGUUCGCUGGUCGGCCUAUUAAAAUUGAAUAAUCUCGGUAACACGAAUUAAAAUAAGACUAGAGUUAGACCAAGAAAAGUCUGCAGCGAUUUUGAUAGCCCACGCAGUGCAUUGUUGUUUUGGCCUAUGUAUUUUUUUUAGCAUUUCACCCAUUUAUGCAUUUAUAGGUUAUGGUAAUAAUAAAAUUUAUUAAAUAAAACCGUCUGUCAGGUCUAAAAGUUAAAAUUUAAUUUACGCAGAAAUCUCUGGGUAUUAUUUUUAUACUAAUAUUUUUCUGCCCUCAUAAACCCAAUAGCGAUAUCUCAUAAACAAAUGAUGUUAGAUUUUAUGGUAUAAGUUUACAUUCAACUUUGAUUUGAGAUACCGUUUAUUGCCUUAAAUGUGCAGUGUUUUCAACGAUUUGUAUGUUAUACAGGGUGUUUGGUACAUCGUUUGCCAACUUAAAAUAGCAGAUAGCUUGAGUCAUUUGCUAUCUUCCCAGGCUUAGAAGUUUUUAAUUUUGCGCACAUUUUUUUUUCGCUUCUAUGCCAGUUUUUCGUAAAUUUCAAAUUUUUACUUGAGCAGUAGUAAAAUAAACAUAGCCAAUUUUUUUUUCUGCACAUGAACAGAUAGCAAAUGACUCAAACCUAUCUGCUGUUUUAAUUUGGCAAACGAUGUACCAAACACCCUGUAUAUUCUUCGCUGUUGCUUUUGUAAAGAAGGUAAUUACAUCUAUAAAUUAUAGAGAAAGUCUGAGAUUUCCCUCAUUUACUAUGUCUGUUUUUUUGGUAGGUAUUCAGUCAUUCGUUUAAUGACAUAAUACCGUAGACCUCACCUCUGUGAUCAAGCCAAUCUUAGUAUAUUUGUAUGAUAUUAUAUCAUUGGAUGAGACAAGUCUUGUGGUUCUUAUGUGAUUUUCCUAAAAAGAAUAUGUACCUAUUAAGUUAAGUAAC